UAUUCUUAAAGCGACACGACGUGUUAAGCUCGCCGUGUGGACUCGAUACACGUUUCGGAGUUUUAGUACCGACUGGACCAUCACUAUUACACAGUGACCAUGGGGAAGAAGCAGAAAAAUAAAGGAGAUGACGGUGCCAAAGACGACGGCGUUGACAUUGAUGCCUUAGCAGCUGAAAUCGAGGGAGCCGGUGCAGCAAAGGAGCAGAGCAAAAGUAAAGGCAAGAAGAAGAAAGGAGGAAAGAAAGAGGACUUUGAUGAGGAUGAUAUUCUGAAGGAACUGGAGGAAUUAUCACUUGAAGCCCAGGGUGGAAAACCAAAAGAACCAGCAAAGAAAUCCAACUCCAUAGAGGACACAGAGGCUGAGCCAGCACCAACCAAGGCAGACAAGAAGAAGGCCAAGAAGGGCAAGCGUGAAGAAGAUGAAGGUGAAGAAGCUCAGGGUAAAGACGACAUGGAGAACGAGAGCAGGACGAAAGGCAAAAAGGCACUGGCGGCUCCCGCUGUUGCUUCUGUUGCUUCGGAGUCUGACGACGAGUCGCAAUCCCAACUCAAAGCCAAGGUCGUCAAGAAAGGCAGGCAGAAGGGUGUGUCUAACUCGGAAGAUGAUGAUGAUGAGGAGGAGGGUGGACGUGAAAAGAAAGGCGGAGGAGGCGACGAAGAGCAGUCAGACGAUGACUCUCAGGCUGCACGCAAACAGAAGAAGAAGGCAAAAGCGAAAGCAAAGGCUGACAGUGACAAUGACGACGCAGAAGACGAUGGCGCCUUCAAGAUGAAGACAGCGGCACAGAAGAAGGCGGAGAAGAAGGAGAGGGAGAGAAAGAAGAAGGAGGAAGAGCGGGCCAAGAUGAAGGCGAAAAAGGAAAAGGAGGAAGAGGCUGCUAAAAAGGACGCCACAAAAGCUACAGCAGCUCCACCCACGGAAACAAAAAAGAUCGAGGUCGAGGAGCUGGACGAGGCAGAAGACCAGGGUGAAGAUGAGGGUGAGGGUGAGAAGAAAAAGAAGAAAGACAAGAAAAAGAAGAAAGGAGAAAAGGAAGAAAAGGAGAAGAAGAAAGGACCAAGCAAAGCUGCAGUGAAGGCCAUGCAGGAGGCUCUGGCUCGGCUGAAGGAGGAGGAGGAGCGAGCCAAGAGGGAGGAAGAGGAGCGGGAGAGACGCCUGGCCGAGCUGGAGGCACAGAGGCUUGAGCAGGAGCGACUGGAAGCAGAGAGGAAGGAGAAGAAGAAGCAGAAGGACAAAGAAAGGAAGGAGAGGCUGAAGAAGGAGGGCAAGCUCCUGACCAAAUCGCAGAAAGAGGCUCGAGCCAGAGCUGAGGCCACACUGCGGUUACUGCAGGCCCAGGGUGUUGAAGUGCCAUCCAAAGACUCGAUGCCAAAGAAGAAGCCUGUUUACUCUGACAAAAGAAAAAAGAAGCCAACGGCACACGCUGCUGAAGAGACCUCAGAAGUGGCUUCACCUACGUCGGAAGUGGCUGACCCGAUCGCCAUGGCGAUGGAAGUCGACGCUUCCAAAGAGGAGCCAGUACUCGUUUCUGCAGAAGCUGACACUCAGGCUGACAGUGCAGACCUAGAUGACUGGGAAGCCAUGGCCAGUGAUGAGGAAGGGGGGAAGACUGUAAACGAGUUGAAGAAGGUGCACAUCGAAGUGAAGGAGACAGCAGCCACUCAGCCAACCCACAAAGCUUCUGCUCCUGCUGAACAGGAGAACGGCAGUGAAGAGGAGGAUGAGGAUGACGAGGACGAUGAAGAGGAGGACGAAGAGGACGAGAGCGAAGAAGAGGACGAAGAGGACGAGAAAGACGUCCAGACAGCAAAGGAGAAGAGCCGGAAAGAAGAGAGCUCGGAGUCGAGCAGCGAGAGCGAUUCAGAUGACGAGCGCACCAAAGAGGAGAGGAUGUACGACAAGGCCAAGAGACGCAUAGAGAAACGGAGACAGGAGAACCUGAAGAACAUUAACUUGGACAAACUGAGAGCUCCUGUGGUGUGUGUCUUGGGGCAUGUAGAUACAGGGAAGACAAAAAUCCUUGACAAGCUACGCCACACGCACGUACAGGACGGCGAGGCAGGUGGAAUCACCCAACAGAUUGGUGCUACCAACGUUCCCUUGGAAACAAUCAUUGAGCAAACCAAGAUGGUGAAAAAUUUUGACAGGGAUAAUAUAAAAAUUCCAGGAAUGCUGAUUAUCGACACGCCAGGACACGAGUCUUUCAGUAAUCUGAGAAAUAGAGGCAGUUCCCUGUGCGACAUCGCAAUCCUGGUGGUGGACAUAAUGCACGGACUGGAACCGCAAACCCUCGAGUCCAUCAACCUGCUGAAGGAAAAGAAGUGUCCCUUUAUUGUGGCUCUUAACAAGAUUGACCGUCUGUAUGACUGGAAGAAGAGUCCGGACACGGAUGUGGUGGUUACGCUGAAGAAGCAGAAGAAGAACACUAAGGAUGAGUUUGAUGAGCGAGCCAAAGCCGUCAUGCUAGAGUUCGCCCAGCAGGGUUUGAAUGCAGCUCUGUUCUAUGAGAAUAAGGACGUACGCACUUUCGUGUCUCUGGUGCCCACCUCUGCGCAUUCGGGCGAUGGCAUGGGCAAUCUCAUCGCCCUGCUGGUAGAACUCACCCAGACCAUGCUGGCACGCAGACUGGCUCACUGCGACGAGCUCCGAGCACAGGUCAUGGAGGUAAAAGCUCUGCCUGGUAUGGGCACAACGAUAGACGUGAUACUGAUCAACGGGCGCUUGCGCGAAGGCGAGACAAUCAUCGUGCCGGGUGUGGAGGGACCUAUCGUCACUCAGAUCAGAGGACUGCUAUUGCCACCGCCUCUCAAGGAGCUUCGUGUCAAGAAUCCAUAUGAGAAGCACAAGGAGGUGAAUACGUCUCAGGGAGUGAAGAUCCUGGGGAAGGAUCUGGAAAAGACUCUGGCAGGCCUGCCACUGCUCGUGGCUCAUAAAGAGGACGAGAUUCCUGUACUAAAGGACGACCUGAUCAGGGAGCUGAAACAGACGCUGAAUGCGAUAAAGCUGGAGGAGAAGGGUGUGUAUGUACAGGCAUCGACACUGGGCUCACUAGAAGCUCUGCUGGAAUUUUUGCGCACAUCCAAAGUGCCUUAUGCUGGCAUUAAUAUCGGUCCUGUUCACAAGAAAGACGUAAUGAAGGCAUCUACGAUGCUGGAGCACGACCCACAGUACGCAGUGAUCCUGGCGUUUGAUGUGAAGGUUGAAAGAGAUUCUCAGGAGAUGGCCGACAGUCUUGGCGUGCGGAUCUUUAGCGCCGAGAUCAUUUACCAUCUUUUCGAUGCCUUCACGAAAUACAGGGAAGACUACAAGAAACAGAAGCAGGAGGAGUUCAAGCACGUAGCGGUGUUCCCCUGUAAGCUGCGCAUCUUGCCUCAGUUCAUCUUUAACUCCAGAGACCCGAUAGUCAUGGGAGUGAACGUGGAGGCAGGUGUACUGAGGACGGGCACCCUGCUGUGUGUACCGAGUAAAGCGUUCGUGGAGAUUGGCAUCGUGACCGGUAUUGAGGUGAACCACAAGCCAGUGGAUAUAGCGAAGAAAGGGCAGGAGAUCUGCGUGAAGAUCGAGCCGAUUCCCGGAGAGUCGCCCAAGAUGUACGGCCGUCAUUUCGAGGCUGUAGAUAUCAUCGUUAGUAAGAUUACCCGUCAGUCCAUCGACGCUCUGAAGAACUGGUUCAGAGACGAGAUGCAGAAGUCGGACUGGCAGCUAAUCAUGGAGCUGAAGAAAACUUUUGAAAUUAUCUGAGCGCGUGCACACUUUCACAUGACUUUCAAACUGACCUACAUGCUGAGAUCUUUCUCUCUCUCACACACACACACACACACACACACACACACACACACACACACACACACAAAUGUGGGUGUGUCCAGAGUCGAGACAUGCCCCUCCCUGUUUUCCCUCCAUCUCCUCCUUUAUGAGUGGUGGAGACGACAGAAAAAGAAGAAAAGAGGAAAAAAAAAAGGUUUUUCUGUGAGAAACUGAAACUAUUACCACUGUUUUAACAGUGACUGUUAGAGAAACAUUUACACACUAUUCCAGACGUGCCUGUUAUUUCUGAUCCGCCUGUUUUUAGUUUCCCUGGAGUGUGGAGCUGAUUUUAAGGAAGAUUUAGAGAAAUACACCACCCAAAAGUGCUAACAUAGCUCAUGAUGGAUGAAGGCGAACAAGAAGGCAUUAGCGUCGUCGUCGUUGCGGUUAUUGUUGUUGUUAUUGAAUGCUGACUGGCUCCUGCUGGCUUUCGUGAAUUAAUAGCAAUGUUAACAUGUUUGGGUUGAGAUGUAGUGCCAGUUUUGCACGCUCAGUUUCUUUAGUGUCGGUGGUGAUGACACUCCAUCAAAUCACACACUGUACAUGCGUUCAUCACACCGUGUAGUGUCGGAGAGGGGGAAUGAAGGCAAGUGGGGAUUUCACUUGUUGGACUUGAAUUUAAAAAAAAAAAAAAGGAUUUUAGACAUUUAGUAAUUAUACCUGGUCAGUUUCCCCCCCCCCCCCCCCCCCCCUUUUUUUUAUAAAUAUAAAGCCUCCCUCUUUUGGCCCUGGAAUGCAAGUCUUUUAUGCUCCUUUGUGACUGUUAUUUGUCGCAAGGUUUUUGCCACUACACUUGACACUGCCUUGUGCCUGGCUUGACUGAGAUUUUGUUCAUUUGGUUAAAAAGUUCAAUUCCCAUAAAUGAAAAGGAAAAAUAAUUGUAGAUUUAAUUACCAAUAAAGAGAUGGCAUAUUUAUAGGAGUUGUAUUUGAA